CCUAAAUGCUGUCAUUUAGGGCAAGAUGGCGUAUUCAUCUUAAAGAAACAGACCGGCAAUCGUACGAUGUUCUUUAUAUAUAAACUGCGCUAUCAGAAUACCCCAGCUGCAACUACAUAGCACAAAAAAUAAAUAACCAUCGCAAUAGCAAACAUCUACAGCGCAAAUGAAUUCUCCGGUUCAUGUAUUUUGCAUUAUUUCCGGACAUAGCUUAGCUCUUUAGGAGAUGAGUUUUUAAUUCGUUAUUCCAUUCUACUCUCCAGACUUCUGAAAAGAUAUGUGGGAAAAGUUCGACAGAAUUGUUCUGCAUGUAGUCACAUGACAUGCGCUACGUCACAGCAAUGGCGCGAAGCCAAGUAGAUUUACUAUCAACUGCAAACGAAGCGGCGUGUCAAAUGCCUCAAUUGAUGAUGUUACGAUGGAAGCAUAUUGGAUUACAAUAUUUAUGCUAAUUAUUUUAUCAGAAUGGCAGUGUAAAGUGUUUGCUGCUAACUGCGAAAGUGAAUCUGUAGCCUGCAGGAAAGAAUUUGAUGAACUUCAGAAAGACAAACGACGAUAUCAUUAUACAAGCGAUAAUGCGACAUUAUCAGAGAUGUGUAGGAAACAGCUGACAGUGGUUAACUGUGUGAAUUCUUUUGCCAAAGAAUGUCUUCCACAGGAACAGCAAGAGCAUUUUAAACUUUUAAGCCUUGGAUCAGAUAAAUUUUUGGAGCAGUUUUGCUUAAAAGACAGCGAACUGCGGAAAAGGUACUUAAAGCACUCUACGUGCAUUCGAAAAGUGUCAACAGAGCUAGAUAAAUGUAGCAAAAAAUACGAAACAUCACAGAAGAAACUAGAUGCGGAAGAAGGUGAUAUUUUAUCUCUGAAACGGAAGACUUGCUGCAUUUACUUUGAAAACAUCAACUGUUCAACAAAAGCUACUGAAAUGAUAUGCGGUCAAGAAGCAGCACAGCUCGUCGAAGAAUUAUGGACGUUAUUAAGUGGAACAUUUCUCAAUGAAAUAUGUCAGCCCUUCUUAGAGUACGAUCAUCAAACCUGCAUUUUACUCUCCAGAGGUUCGCUCGUGCUUCCAGACUGGAAUUCAUCUGUGAUUUAUUUCCUCGUGCUAUAUUGUCAUUUCUAUUUUCAUAAAUUAUGAAGUUGUGAAUUUGUUGAUAUGGAUUCACUAUUUUUCUGUUCUUAUACAUUGUUGACUUAAUAUUAUUGUUGAAAUAUUUCUAUAUGUUUAGUUUAUUUACUCUUUAUUUUAAAUCUGAAUGCACAAUAUAUUUAAAAAGUAAAAUCGCGAGAUUAUCGCAAAGAAAGAUUAAGCGAAUACAAACAUAGUUAACCGAAAAAAAAAGAAAAUAUGUUUUCCAAAUUAUAAAUCUUAAGCAAAACCUAUAACUUUCGAGUUUCUUCAUGCAUAUGUAAUACUGGAAUUCAAUUCUGAGACACAAUCCUUAAAUUUAUUCUAGCAACAGAAAAAUAAACUUUGAUCUCAAGAAAAUCAAAUAAAUGAAAUAAUAAACUAACAUACAACCGACUGAUAUUUGUAUUACAAAUUAAUUCGAUUUAAUAAAUGUCUGAAUUAUUUAAUUGCAAGCAUGUUAUCAUUAAUAACUGAAUAAGUAUCACAAUUCUCAAUCAGUUCAGCUAUUUUAACUUAAUAUCAAAGGCUUCUUCACAUUCUAAGCCAUCCGUGUCUUUAAAAUAUCGUAUCAAAUAUUGCAUUACCAAAACUAUCGAUUGUUUAGUCUAUCGAUAGCUUUAGUAAUGCAACAUUUUGUACCAUUGUUCACCAUAAAUAAAAAAACGAGAGAAAAUUUAAACAAAGCUGCAAUUUUAAAUUAAGCUGCUGAUGAUUUAUUGUGGCUAACUGAGCAUAGAUGUUCCAUCAAAUAACAACAAAAAAUUAUUAAAAAAAUAUAAUAUUGAUAAAAUAUUUGAGGAUAUAUUAUUAGACUAUCUGAGCCUACCGCAACUUAGACCCUUAAUCUCUUCCUGCCACUGACUAAUGGAGCAUACACAGCCCUCUCUGACCAAUUGACGAUAGAAUUAAUAUAACGUUCCCCACCUGAACUCACAUGAGUUCAUUUACCAUUGAUUUCCAAUAAAAUUAACAUUCAGAAACCAUUUAUAACUACAUCGACUACAAAGCAUCAAAAUUCUUCAAAUCACUUGAUAUACAAACAAAAAUCACAUUUUUAACAUGCUAAAUAAUAUUAUUUAAAUAUAUCAAGUUUUAAACACAUAAGCAUAAUUACAACUAUUAUUAAUACAUAGAAAGAAAAUUAAUAGAUUUGCAAUUUAAAUUACACUUACUUAAUUAAGGAAUAAUUUCCAAAUUAAACACGAGUUGUGUUAAGCGUUUUAUAUUUCCUUUAGGAGUUUUAAAAAUAGACCGAAUUUUUAUCUUGUCAUGUGUACAUUUCUAAACCCUUUCCCAUCAUUCACAUAUUUCUAAAAUAACGCUAAUGGAAAACAAUAUUAUUCAACUUAAAUGAAACUUGCAGAAAUAUAGGCUGAUCUUAAAUUAAGCAAAUCUCCUUCCUCCACGUGUUCCAAAGUGAUUCAAAAGAAUUUCCUGAUAAUUAUAUUUCUUUGCCAAAGAAUUUCCAUUAACCUUCAAUGUUAUGUUUUGUUUUAAGUAAAGCUUUUACUAAGGAGAAAUGAGAUGAGGUGAAUGGCGAGGGUUCUGAGUAUUUAAAACUUGAUAUAUUUAACGUUGUGUACGUUGAACGGAUACGUGAUAGGCCUGGAAUUAAUCAUGGCUUCAGUCUCUCGGAAACAUUUUCCAAUUCUUUCAGAGAAGAGAUCGUCUAAAAAUUCUCUUUCAUAAAUUCUGAACCGUUCGUAUCUGCUUCUUGUAUCUGUCCAUGGACGUUUUUCAACUAUAAAAUUUCCAACUAUACCUUUCGAAGCAAACGUAUUUUACUCGAUUAUUAUCUAUCUUAUUCCACUAUUUUCUGAAUUCGCAACUCGCGUUUUUGAAAGCUUUGGCGCUAUCAGAAAAUAUGGUGGAAUAUAAUCCUCGACAAGGAAAAAAUCUAAAAUGCUUCUUUAUUCAAACUGCUGCAGAGAAAAUUGUCUAAGAAUGACAUCGUAGUAGCAGUAGUUUAGUAAGCGAGAGCAAUGACGAAAAGUGUAAGAAAUUUCGAAAAUAAAGUGAUUGUAAUAGUAUGAUAAAAGUCAGUUUCUGGUCAGAUACUCAAGCCUUUAUGCUGAAACCCAUUUUGCGCAAAAUGGGGCAUUAUAAUGAUUGGUUACGAGGGGCUCUAACUCCGUAACCCUACAACACGAACUAUGCGCCGUCCCAAAUGAUGCUAUAUCAUAAAUUUCUUGUACAGAAUGCAGCAAAGCCUUUUCAUAGACAAGCAAGUUUUUCAAUUUCCUCAUGCAUGACGUGAUUUAUCUGUUCACUCAAUAUACAUGUAUUAUAUUAUUAAAGAAUUAUUAUCUAUAUUAAAUAUAACUUAAUUUUUUAAUGUAAUAAUUGCAUUAAUAAUAAAAGUUUUUAAAAAAA